GCGAACAAUACAGUCAAGAUGACUAAAGGUGAUCCCAAGAAACCAAAGCGCAAGAUGUCUGCUUAUGCCUUCUUUGUGCAGACGUGCAGAGAGGAACAUAAGAAGAAAAACCCUGAGGUCCCUGUCAAUUUUGCAGAAUUUUCCAAGAAAUGCUCUGAGAGGUGGAAGACAAUGUCUGGGAAAGAGAAGUCUAAAUUUGAUGAAAUGGCAAAGGCAGAUAAAGUGCGCUAUGAUCGGGAAAUGAAGGAUUACGGACCAGCUAAGGGAGGCAAGAAGAAGAAGGACCCGAAUGCCCCCAAGAGGCCACCGUCUGGAUUUUUCCUGUUCUGUUCUGAAUUCCGCCCAAAGAUCAAAUCUACAAACCCUGGCAUCUCUAUUGGAGACGUGGCGAAGAAGCUGGGCGAGAUGUGGAAUAACCUAAGUGACAGCGAGAAGCAGCCAUACAUCAACAAGGCAGCAAAGCUGAAGGAGAAAUACGAGAAGGAUGUCGCAGACUAUAAGUCUAAAGGGAAGUUUGAUGGCGCCAAGGGUCCUGCUAAAGUUGCCUGGAAAAAGGUGGAAGAGGAAGAUGAAGAAGACGAGAACGAAGAAGAGGAGGAGGAGGAGGAGGAGGAUGAAUAAAAAAAACUGUUGAUCUGUCUCCUUGUGAAUACCUUAGAGUAGGGAGCGCCGUGAUUGACACACCUCUCGCCCGAGACGUGUCUGUUGCCCUCAUUAGGUUGAAUUACCCAGUUGGAUCAUGAUCAUAUCGUAGUCUCAGAGUGCUCUAGCAAUUGUCAGUGGUUUACAUGAAGCGGCCAUGGGUAUCUGGAGCACCCGGAAACUGUAUCAAAGUUGUACAUAUUUCCAAACAUUUUUAAAAUGAAAAGGCUCUCGUGUUCUCCUCACUCUGUGCACUUUGCUGUUGGUGUGACAAGGCAUUUAAAGAUGUUUCUCGCAUUUUCUUUUUUUUUUUUAAUUUGUGAGGUGGUGUGUUAACUCUAUGGUCGUUGACUAGGAAUCCUGAGUUCUCAACUGUACAUAUCUAUAGUUUGUAAAAAGAACAAAGCAACCGAGACACACUCUUGACGCCCUUUGCUUGGCGUGGAGGCUGUAGGAGCGAUGCCUUCCGGAGGGGCCGUAGCUCAGGGCGU